AUGCCCAAGUCACUUUCUACCCCUUCCAAAAGGAGUGCCCCCACAAACGGCAUUCAGAAAAAUAUGUUAAUUGAAUAUAUGGAACAAAACCCCAAAUUAAGAGCCGGUACCUUUAGUCCUGAUUUUACUUUUAAAAAUUGCCAAACACUCUGGGAAAUAAUUACUGUAAAAUUAAACGCCGUACCAGGAGGUGCAAAAAAAGAUGAUUGGCGAAUGUGGAGAAAGACAUGGGCUGAUAUGAAAAAAAAUGCUACAAGGAAAGCCGUACGCCUCAAAAAAGAAUCACAAAAAACUGGCGGGGGAACUCCUCCCAAGAGUGAUUUAAAUGAAGAUGAUAUAAUGAUUCUAGAUAUGAUAAACACAAAAAAAGUAUGA